AUGGCAACCGUGCGAGUGCCAAGUUCGUCAAUUGGGUUGAAAAGUGUGAGGUCGAAUAACCAGUUGGAUACCCAAACAAAGACACCUAUCGGGUCGGUACAAAUUGGUCGGACACCGUAUACACAUCCAUCUGCACACUUCUAUUCGAUUUUUGUCUUCUUUGUCCCCUCAAUUGCAACGUUGUCAUUCUUCAAAGAAGUUUACUUCAAAUAUAUCGAAUCAAGAGAUAGAUACCAACUAACAUCUGACUACAACAUAUCCAGUUUAUUCACCAUCGUAUUUUUUGUAUUGUGUAUCGCAACUGUUCUCACAUCAGUAUUCAACGCGGUGACUCUUAUAAUGAUCAAAAACCUGGAUGACCAAAGAUUGGAAGUGGGAACAUCGAAAUGGGGAUCGAAAAAUGAGUUGAAGAACUCGAUCGCUUCUGUAAACAACCAUGGGAGUGCCAGAUCCGUCCAUUGGGUUGAAGACUGUGAGGAUGUCCAAAUAUCGGAAGUAGCAAGAUUAAAAUCGGGAUCGAAAAAGGAAAAAUCUGGAAAAACUGCGCAAAAGAACGUGGUGGUGUCUACGGAGCCGAGCCAAAAAAUUUCGAAACCGCAAUGUUUCUGCUCCUCCAGGAAUUCGUCGCCUGCAACAGUUAGGUCUGUACCGCCGCCAGCCGCCAUCACGCAACUCCCAGAAUCGGAUCCGAUAUAA